AAAAGAAAAGCCUUACGAAAAUUUAAACAUCCCAGCGCGAAUAAGCCGCAACGAGAGCGAGCAAGUGAGAGAAAGAGAGAGGAGAGAUACGCCGUGAGUGAGUGAGGGAGAGAGCAACAACAAUGCAAGGCACGCAGUUGUUGCUGCCGCUGCUGGUGGCGUUGGCGUUGGCGCAAGCGCAGAAUAUAGAAUCGGAUUGCAGUUUUCCUGGAUCGCCGGCUCACAGUAGCGUUGUGUUCUCGAAUGCGAAUCUAACACAGGGUACAGUUGCCUCCUACAGCUGUGAGCGAGGAUUUGAGCUGCUCGGUCCCGCACGACGUGUGUGCGACAAAAGUCAAUGGGUGCCCGAGGGUAUACCAUUUUGUGUUCUCAAUGUGGCCGCUGGCAAGGCUCCCAUGCAAAUAUCCACCGAGGGCGCUGGCGCUCCCCAGAAGGCCAUCGAUGGUUCCACAUCGGCCUUCUUUACACCGGAAACCUGCUCGCUAACAAAAUCGGAACGUUCCCCAUGGUGGUAUGUGAAUCUAUUGGAACCCUAUAUGGUGCAAUUGGUGCGUUUGGAUUUCGGCAAAUCCUGUUGUGGAAAUAAACCAGCAACUAUUGUGGUGCGUGUGGGUAAUAAUCGUCCCGAUUUGGGAACAAAUCCAAUUUGUAAUCGUUUCACUGGACUCCUGGAGGCUGGUCAACCUUUAUUCCUGCCCUGCAAUCCACCCAUGCCGGGUGCUUUUGUCAGUGUGCAUUUGGAGAAUAGUACACCAAAUCCUCUGUCGAUAUGCGAGGCAUUUGUCUACACGGAUCAGGCAUUGCCCAUUGAGCGUUGUCCCACAUUCCGGGAUCAGCCACCCGGUGCAUUGGCCUCGUACAAUGGCAAAUGCUAUAUAUUCUAUAAUCGUCAGCCAUUGAACUUUUUGGAUGCCUUAUCGUUUUGUCGCUCCCGUGGCGGAACUUUGAUUAGCGAGAGUAACCCGGCCCUGCAAGGCUUCAUUAGCUGGGAACUGUGGCGACGUCAUCGCAGCGAUGUCAGCUCCCAGUACUGGAUGGGAGCGGUGCGGGAUGGCAAUGAUCGCAGCAUCUGGAAGUGGGUCAAUGGCGAUGAAUUGACCGUCUCGUUCUGGAGCCAUCCCGGUGGCGAUGAGGAUUGUGCCCGUUUCGACGGCUCCAAGGGUUGGCUAUGGAGCGACACCAAUUGCAACACGCUCUUGAAUUUCAUUUGUCAGCAUCAGCCAAAGACUUGCGGACGUCCCGAACAACCACCCAAUUCCACAAUGGUGGCCCUGAAUGGCUACGAAGUGGGAGCCCAGAUCAAAUACAGUUGCGAUGCCAAUCAUUUGUUGGUGGGACCGGCGACACGUACCUGCCUGGAGACAGGUUUCUAUAAUGAGUUUCCACCUGUAUGCAAAUAUAUUGAAUGCGGCUUGCCGGCCAGCAUUGCCCAUGGUUCAUAUGGACUUUUGAAUAAUACGGUGGGCUACCUCAGUCUGGUGAAAUAUACCUGCGACGAGGGCUAUGAGAUGAUUGGACGGGCCCUGCUCACUUGUGACUUUGAUGAACGUUGGAACGGACCUCCACCACGUUGCGAGAUUGUGGAAUGUGACACAUUGCCGGGCAAUUAUUACAACACGAUUAUCAAUGCUCCGAAUGGCACUUACUAUGGAUCCAAGGCGGAAAUUACAUGUCCACCCGGUUACCGCAUGGAGGGACCACGUUCGCUGACUUGUCUAGCCACCGGCCAGUGGAGUAGUGCCCUGCCGCGAUGCAUUAAACUGGAGCCGACCACUUUGGCCACAGCUGCUGCUCCAACUGUGCCCGUCUCAUUGGCCACACAACCGCCAUUCCGGCCCAAGAUAACAAGCACAAGCAGCAGCAGCAGCCCCACCACCAGUCGCACUCCAGCUUAUCGUCCAGUGUCGACAGCUAGCUCCAACUAUCCCAGCAUUAGUACACCUCAAGUGGAGAUCAAUGGAGAAUCCGAUUCCGAAGAGGAAAUCAAUGUGCCAGUACCUGGAACAGUGCGUGAAGAAUUCCCACCACGGCGCACAGUGCGUCCUGUCCUCAUACCGAAGAAACCGAAUAGCACGCCAGCCUAUGCACUGCCACCGAGCACAGCUGCACCACCAGCCGCUGCAUCACCCACACCUUCGACAUAUGCUCCAACAGUGUCGCGGAAUCGUCCCAAUGUGGAGACAACGACCAGGAAUACACAGCAAAUUAUACAGAACUCACAUCCGCAGGAUAAUGAGAUACCCGAUAGUAACAAUAUUCGUCAGAAUCAAUCGCCCAAUGUCAAUGUACCGUUCGCUGUCGAUAAUCCCGAUCGCAAGGAGACCAAAGAGGCUAAACUCAAUCUUGGGGCGAUUGUUGCCUUGGGGGCAUUUGGUGGUUUUGUCUUCUUGGCUGCUGUCAUCACGACCAUUGUGAUAUUGGUCCGAAGCACCCCGAACAGCAAACGGCGGCACAUUGCAAAACACUUGACCGACUAUCAUCAUCAUCAUCAGCAUCUGCAUCAUCCGCAUUCGCAUUCGCAUCCGCAUCAUCCACAUCCGCCGCAGCAGCAUCAGCAGAAGCCAUAUCAUCAGCAACAACAGAUGGAGCAAAGGUAUCGACAACGUGGUCCGGCACCACCGCCGCCACCACGACCCACAGCCACUCAUCGUCUGCCCAGUUAUGCCACAGCAACGGCAACUAGUGCCACUAGCUAUGCCUCCACAGCCCAAUUGACGAGAUGCAGUGGCAAGGGGAUGCGGAUAUUUGGUUCCAAUUCGGUGGGAUAUGGCAGCAUCAGUUCCAGUACAUGCUGUGAACCACAAUCGGCGGCGUUGCCAACUUCCUCGCUGUGGUAUAGUGUGCUGGCGUUGCCAUUCGAUGAUCAGAAACUGGGAAGGCGGGAAUUUAGUAGUUAUGGGCGUGGCUAUAAGGCACGAGCCGGGCUCUUUAGCAAUUCAAAUCGCACUACCCAACACUAUCGCCAUCGUGCCUCACCAGACUGCAAUACCGUUGCCAGCUUUGAUAGCUCCACCUCAGGAUCCCGGAAUGGUCUCAAUAGAUACUAUCGCCAAGCUUGGGAAAAUCUCCACGAAUCGGCAUCCAAGAAUAGCUCACACAAUGCCCUGCGCCGCAAGGAAACCUUAGAUCCACCCAGUAUGACCCGAUCUCGCGAUAAUCUGCGCGACAAUAUGCAACGUUCUCGAGAGAAUCUUGAUAGAUGUGGUCGCGACAAUUAUGGCAUGCGCGAUGACUCCGAAAUGGUUGUCUCCGAUGUGUGCCUGAAGGGCGAAAAGAAGCGUCAUCACCAUCAUCAUCACAAGAGCAGCUCCCGCAAUGGCGACUAUCGUGAUCGGGAUCAAUCGGCUGGCAGACGUGAUCAUCAUAGGCACAGCGGUGGUGGCGGAGGCAACGGAGGAGCCGGCGGCAGCGGAGGUGGCGGUGGACACUAUUGACCAACCAUGGUUAUCACUAUCAAUGUGGAGCGGCAAUAAUCUGUGUAGCUGUAGCAAUUCCUUCUUGUGUGUGUAUGUGCGUGUGAAUGAAUGGGUGUGAGUAUGUCUGUGCGUGUGUGAAAGAGUGAGAUAUUGUAGAAUGCAACAUCGAAAGAACAACGGCAAAAAAGGUUUUGAAUAAUUGUAGCAAGUUAAUUUUUUUUUUUUUUGUGUAAUUUUGUUCACUUUGAAUAAGAUGAGAAAUAAGUUUAGUUUAAACCAGGGCUGCAAAAUGCGGUUUGUUAACGACAUUUUCGACCGCUUCAAACAUUCCUGGUCAGAGCAAGAAUAUCUAUUUCCCCUCGAACAAGUCAAUUUUACUUACCUAGAUCACAUAUCACUUAUCUGUAUAUCGAAAUUUUUUGAUGACCGACACUGAAUCGUAUAUACAUAUAUUUAUUAGCAGAAAAGUUUUUU